GUCAAAUAUUCAAUAUAUGAUGCAUGCAAAAUUGCUGAAAGUCAAGGUGGCCAAUGCCUUUCUAAUAAUUAUAUUAAUUGUAAUACUCCAUUAAGAUGGAAAUGUGCAAAAAAACAUGAAUGGACUGCUAACUUUCACAGUAUAAAAAAUGGCAAGACAUGGUGUUCGACUUGCUCCGAUACCAGGCUUGAUAUUUCAGUUGCUAAAGAAUUGGCAUAUAGCAAAAAUGGUGAAUGUCUCUCAGAAGAAUAUAUUAAUAAUAGAUCGCCUUUAUUAUGGCACUGUGAUAAAGAACAUGAAUGGAUUGCCAAUCUUAUGAAAAUAAAAAAUCAUAGUUCAUGGUGUCCAGGCUGCAGACGUAUAAAACCCCUUAAUCUUGAAAUUGCUAAACAAAUAGCACAUGAUAGAAAUGGAAAGUGUCUUUCAACCGAAUAUAAAAAUUCUAAUGCUCCAAUGCAGUGGCAAUGUGUUAUGGGAUAUAAAUGGAAUGCAACACUUAGGAGUAUAUCAGGGCGGCCCCCCAAAGUACUGGUCGAUGAUCGACGUCGGGUCGAUGAUCGACGCUGGAUCGAGGAUCGAUGUCAGAUCGACGUCACUGCCGCAGCCAGCUUAUCAUGA